AUGGAAACCCAGGCAAGGUCUCUACUCAGCUUUGGCCCAUGUGAGCGUCUAGUCGAUCCUCACCUGAACGAAGACUGCAACAAGUACGAGAUGAAGGCAAUGAUGAUUGCAGCACUCCUCUGCCUCGUGCAUUCAUCCUCUAGGAGACCAUCAAUGAAAACAGUGGUUGCACGGAUGAUCCAAAUUGAAUGGGACAUGAUUGGAAUGGUAAAUGAGGUAAAUAAGGAGGCCAAAGAGGCUGGACAUAAGGGAAUAAGUCGUAAAAACAGCUUGGAUAACUGGUUCCAUGGUAAUGAACAACGUCUAGGAGUUUAGUCUCUAAAUUGUAGCUGAAGAUCACAAUAUCCAGUCGAAGAUAGACAAUCCGUGAAUCUUGAGGAUGGAAACCUGACAUAAAAGGACGUUGUGGAAAACCAGGAGGAGGAGGUUGCUGACAGAAAAACUCCCCCAGUUUGACGCUUUUGGUGUCUGAAACCGGCAACAAGAAGUCUUCAGGGUUCAAAGCAUAUGUUAAGACCCAUUCGGUGCGAGGUAUAAUGCUGGAAAGACUAUACUGCGAUGUCUUCUUCUUCAAAACCCAG